GCAUAUCCACAACUGUAUACACAUAUAUCUAUACAUACACAGAUACACAUUACGCAUUAUAUAUGUACAUACAAACGCAUCAGCUCUUCAGUUCGUGCCUUCAUUCGGUGUUCUGCAACAAGACAGUAUCCUUCUCCGCCGGCGCAGUCGCUGCCGUGGGCUCGUCUCUUUGACGGUUUUCCGGCGAUAAGGUCGCCGGACGGUGGUGCUCGUUCGAGGGUCGGUCUUUGUUUCUCCGGCGACUCGGUUGGGUCCGAGAUGAGGUUCCAGGAAGUUCUUGAGUUCAUUCUGUUGAAUUGUGCUUGACGGGUUAAUUAAAUUUAAAUCUGUUGUAAUUAGUGCAAUGCCCCAAGUUAUGUAAAAUAUAAUAACACUUUUUUAAUCGGAUGAUAUGUAUAAUUGUUAAAUCAUCUUAUAUUAUAUAAUCUAAAAAUCUUUGAAAAAUAUUUAUUUUCUAUUAUAAAAUUAGACCAAGAAAUCUAUUUCAAAUACAAAUAUAAAAUGUGGGUAAUUUUUCAUAAUAUUAAUUGGACCAGUAAGUCUUUUCCAAAUUAUAAUAUUAUUUAAAGGAAGAGAAAUUAGCAAAAAUUAAAAUAAUUAAAAGGCAAAAAGAGGGGGAAAAACCAUCCCUUGACUAAAUCCCUGACCCGAGAAUUCCAAACCCAUUCUAGACCCAAAAAUCUCAAAUUCCUGAACGAUUUCGUCUCUCGAGGUCGAUUUCUUCCGUCGUUAAUCGAACCAAGCAGAUGGGUUCGUCGUCGGAGAUCGAGGUGGUGACAAUGGGUUCGAAGACUCAGCAGCAAAACCCUACCGGUGAAUUACCCGCCAUCACCGACGUAUACUCCGCCUCCGCUUACGGCGAUUUCCAGCAACUCCGGAGCUUCGUCGAACAUGGCGGUGCCUCUGUCUCUCUCCCCGACGGAAAUGGCUACUACACCCUUCAAUGGGCUUCGCUGAACAAUUUCGUCGACGUAGCUCAGUACAUCAUCGAGCAUGGAGGUGAUGUGAAUGCAGCUGAUAAUAUACAUCAGACGGCGUUGCAUUGGGCUGCGGUAAGGGGCUCCAUUGCUGUUGCAGACCUUCUCUUGCAGAACGGAGCUAGAAUUGAGGCUGCUGAUGUGAAUGGAUAUAGGGCUGUGCAUGUUGCUGCUCAAUACGGACAGACAGGCUUCUUAAAUCAUAUUAUUGCAACUUAUGGGGCCGACUAUAAUGCAUUAGAUAAAGAAGGGACAAGCCCACUUCAUUGGGCUGCUUACAAAGGAUUCACGGAUACAAUCAGGCUACUUCUUUUCAGAGAUGCAUGCCAAAAUAGACAAGACAAUAAAGGUUACACUCCUCUGCAUUGGGCUGUAGUAAGAGAAAAUAUUGAGGCUUGUACCCUACUUGUUCAUACUGGAACAAAGGAAGAACUGUUUUUGAAAGACAGUGCUGGAUUCACCCCUUUUCAGCUUGCUUCUGAUAAAGGUCACAGGCAACUUGCUCUCUUCCUUUCGAAGGCAAUGAGAACUCAUCGUAAUCGGGUGGUGGACAAGAUAAUCCGUGGAAACUUGGGAGAUAAAGGCUGUGCUCCGAUUUUGUUUUGCAUAAUUGUUGUUCUUAUGAUUCUUUUCACCAUAUCAGUAAUCGCAGCUCCUAAUCUCCCAAAGGUGACUGCUAUGGUUGGACUUUGGGGGUGGAUCAGUCUUUCCUUCGGUUUUUGUUCACUGAUAAUGUUUUAUCGGUGUAGCAGCAAGGAUCCAGGGUAUGUAAAAAGGGCCGAUGAACUCGACAGAAAUCAUGAUGCCAAUGAUCCUUUGAUGAGUAUCGAUUUGAACAGCUCCUCGUGGACGGGAAACUGGUCUCAGCUUUGCCCGACAUGCAAGAUAAUUCGACCUGUCCGUUCUAAACAUUGUCCUACCUGCAAGCGCUGCGUUGAGCAGUUUGACCAUCACUGCCCCUGGAUUUCAAAUUGCGUUGGUAAGAGGAAUAAACGCGACUUCUUACUCUUCGUGUUGAUGGGAGCUUUGACAUCAUCUACCAGUGGAACGAUUGCCCUUCAAAGAAUCUGGACAGGUAUUCCAUCAGUAAAACCAGGAGAAACAUGGAUUCGCCAUGUUGCUUUCGAACAUCCCAGUGUUGUCCUGUUUCUCUUCUUCGAUUUGGUGAUUUUCAUAGCUUCUACAAUGUUAAUGAUCUCACAGACGUAUCAGGUUGCUCGGAACAUAACAACGAACGAGAUGUCAAACUCGAAGCGAUAUACUUACUUGCGUGGUCCAGACGGGCGGUUCAACAACCCUUAUAACCAUGGAUGGCGGAGAAACUGCUCGGAUUUCUUCAUCAAUGGCUACACCACUGACGACGAGGUUGUUUCUCGGAUCUACAACACACAUCUGGACGCAGCAAAAUAAAAUCUCUUGAACCUGAAAUCGCACUGUUUGCAUUCACAGCAUCAGCCUCGGGAUACUGUGUAAAAAUGUAGAUGAGGUCAUGUACUCUCCAUUUGAUUUCUGAUUCUGUAUCGAAUUUAGCAAUUGCUAUUAUAUCAAUAAUAGAGCUUCGG